AUGUUCCUGACCUGCGAAGGGACCUUCGGAAUUGUUCCAGCCACCAUGGAUUACAAUGGGGAAGCCAGGCCGGGGGAUUUUCACGCUGGCUAUCAAGAAAUCGAAGGGAUAAACUUGGGAUACUUACAAAUCAAUGGCACCCAGAUGUUUGCUUUGGCCCAGGUCCUCAGCGACCUGUUUAAGGAUAUCCCCAGGACCACCAUCAGCAAGAAGAUGGAAACCUUAAAGAUCAAGAGCCGACGCUGCGAUCUCAAAGAGCUCCGGACCCUCAAAGCCAUCAACUCCGUGCCCACCCGCGCGGUGAAAUGUUCCCUCAUCUCCAAGGCGGACCUGGAAGCUCUCUGCACCUCCUGCAAGAGCCUCAGCCCCCGGAGGAGGAAGAGGAAGAGGAAGAGCAAGAGGAGGGAGCAGCUGCUGCUGCCGGACCCGGGGGAGCUCUUCCCCUGUCCCCGGCCCCAGCUGCUGCCGCCCUGCAGAGCCGGGGGUUGCUGCGCUCCCUCCUCCCCCCCCUUCUCCAAAUUGCCCCCCACUUUUUCCAAGCUGCCCCCCGCCUUCCCCAAGCCGCGCACGGCGCCGGCCGCGCUUCUCCCCCAGCCCUUCCACAGGGCCUUCCCCGCCUUCGAGAAACCCCCCCGGGGGCGAAGGGGCUGCGGGCUGGCGGGGAGGGGCGGGGGGCUUUUCGCCGGUGUCCUGGCCGGGUACCCCCGAGACCUGGCCUUGCUGCAUCCCGCCGCCGCGCAUCCCGCCGCGCAGGCGGCCGCGCUCGCCCAGCCCGGCAGGCGCAAGCGGGGUCCCUGCUGUGCCAAGGGUCUUUUCCCGGAGGAGAAGGGGACGGUGGUGGCCAGGAAAGGCCGGUCCUCCGUCUUCCCCGGCUCCAAGAGGCAGGGCACCUCGGCCGGCUACUCCAGCGACUCGGACUCCAGCCUGGACUUCGGUGGCUCCAGUCCCGCCACCUCCAGCGACUCGUCGGAGGAAGAGGAGGAGGAAGAGGAAGAGGAGGAGGAAGGGGACACUUCGUGCAGCAGCGAGGAAGGCAGCUCCUCGGAGUCGGAGAGCAGCUCGCUGUGCAGCGGGGACUCGGUGCAGAGCACCCGGUACAGGCAGGCGGCUCUGCCCCGCUUCCAGCCGCAGCCCCCCCGGGAGCCCCUCGGCGAGGAGCGUCCCGCCGAAUCCCCCCCGAGCGUGGGCAAAGCCCUGCGCCCCGACCCCAACCUCCUCUUCCUCUCCCAGCAGCUCUGGGCCAGGACUUUGCGAGCAUCAACUUUGGAAAGUUUGAGCCCCGUUGCAGCCCUGGGCCCGGGGGUCCAACCGCUGCCGGAGUUGUACGCAACGCAGGAGGCCUCCCCUUCCUCCUCCUCCUUAUCCUCCUCCUCCUCCCCCCCUCCCUCCCCGAGCAGCACCCCUGGGGGGGCUCCGCAACAAAAGGAGGGAGGCUUUGGGGACGCGGAGCCCUGCGCCAAAGGGAAGGAUUUGCACAAAGAUGCCUCGAACAAUAGAGCCUCGUUAGGCCCCAGUGACCAGGCAGAGAGGCAAAGCGGAGCUUUAGCUGGGCCGGAACCCUCCCAAGAGCCGGUCCCGGCCCCGCAACCCCCGGCUCAGGAGCUGACGGGGAGCCCCAGGCCGGCACCCCCAGGGGAAACUGGGGAGCCCCGGCGGGAGCACUUUGACCGCCUGAUCCGUCAGUCCAAGCUGUGGUGUUACGCCAAAGGGUUCAACCUGGACGGGAAAAGUUUGCGGCACGGAGGGAGGACGGAGCCCUGUAAAGCUGCAGAGCUCAAAUCCCCCGGCUCCAAAAGAGCAGAGAGCCCCAGCACCUUGUCAAACAAAGCUUUGAAAGGCAAUGGCUCGGAAAGGAAUGCCAAGCGCAGACGCCUUGCCAGAGGCGCUGAGGCAGAAAGGCAACAGAGCUCCUCUAAAGGGAGGCCACAAAAGACUCAAAGGAGGAAUGCCAAAAAGGGAAACACUCAUUGCAAACGCCUCGGCAGCGCCGGGCCAACCCCGCCUCGGAAUUCCUUCAGCCUCAUGGGCAACUUCCCCUGUAUUCCCUCCCUGGUCGUGGGGGAAGAUGGGGAUCUGUGUCCUGCCUCUUCCCUAGGGGUCAAAAACUCCUGGGCCCUCUCCAAAACUCACCCGCUGUGGAGCUGGCACCUGGGGGGCAACGCCAUCCCGGUGCCCCCCAGCCUCAAAUUCCGGGGCUAUAGCUUGGAGGAUUUCUAA